AUGGCGGACCCAGACGAGCGACCGCUUCCAGCAGGCUGGGAAAAGCGCAUGAGUCGCACGAACAACCAGGAGUACUACUACAACCAAGCAACUGGUCGAAGUCAGUGGGAACGUCCCACGGAGCCGGCGUUUGGAAAAGGUUCAGAUCUCAAACAAGUUCGAGCAGCUCAUCUUCUUGUGAAACAUGCUGGUAGCCGUCGUCCGUCAAGUUGGAGAUCCGACAACAUAACCCGAACUAAGGAAGAUGCAAGAAAUAUUCUAAAGGAGUAUGUUCGUCAAAUUCAAAACUCGAGCAAUCCCGAAGCUACAUUCAGAAAAUUGGCGCAGCAAUUCAGUGACUGCAGCUCAGCGAAAAGAGGUGGUGAUCUAGGUGGGUUAUUUUGCAUUUUAAGCUAA